UAUAUGGGCAGAAUUUCACAUCUUCAGCUCCUCCAAGGCUAAUUUUAUAUUCUGUGAAAUCACUUGGUUUUGUUCUCAUGGCUUCCUGCUCGUUGUAGGCAUAAUUACGAGGAAGACGAACUUCCUCCUGAGCAAGCACACAUGUGUUCCAAAAUAAGAGCAAAUCACUCUAAAUGCAGGAAAAGACCCGAGGCUCUCAUUAAGGGGGCACAGUGCAGCCCCAGAAUGCUUUGGUGGGCACUCAUGGCUCGGGCACCUGCGUCAUCGCUGAAGUAUGCAGAAAGGGCUCCAGGGUCUCCACUGAAGAGGAGACCAGCACCCUGCACUGGAGCACCACAGGCCUGGCCUGCAUCAGAGCCUGCGUCCCCAAGCGCCGGCGCCUGGGCUGCCCGUGAUGGGUGCCAGCCGAACCCGAGGGACACGGCCCUGGGCCUGCAUGACCCUGCUGCUGCUGCUGCUGCUGCUCUGGGGGGCCACAGCCACUGCCCUCGCCCUGGAGGGCGGCCCUGCCAGUCAGGACAGCGUGCAUAUGCAGGAGGUGGCAGAAGUAAAGAACAGCGUCCCGACCCUCCUCGGGAGGUGGCACGGGCGGAUCUCCCACUCCGGCGCUGGGGACCUCAAGGGCGGGGACACAGGAGAAGUGGCCACCCGGAGGCGGGAAGGCGUGCCCCCUCAGCCACCGCCUCGGAGAGACAAAGCCCGCUGUAAAAACUUCUUCUGGAAGACCUUCUCCUCCUGCAAGUAGACUCCCCCGACCCUGCCUUGGUGGGAGCAGUGUGGACCCCAAUAAAUGACUUCAGCAGCA